AUGGGCCGAUCAUUUGUUCACAACCGCCAAUCACAGCGUUUCUGCUUAUCUAUAGAAAAAUUGACGCCACUAACCCACAACAACUUGAUAAUUUUCCUUGAGUUUGGACUCAACAAAUCUUUGGCACAAACACACAGUAUUCGGACCGUUUCAUUUUCUUCUGGCGAUAAAUUACGACUGGAUGUGACGCCGGCCGAGCGUAUAUUAAAUAUAUCUACAUACUGUAGAACCGCGGCUUCUUAUAACCGAUUACACCGGAUUAUUAUUACCAUAAUUAUUACUAUUACUUUCUUAACUGCACCACGCUGACAAUGAUGCCCGGGAUCGGCCGCGUCGACAGCGUUAGCGUUCUGGGCGACGACGGUUACCUGCGCUGCGGCCGCGUCGUGGACGUGGACGUGGCCAGCGGCGGACUGUACGUUGACCUGGAUUACCGCGAUCGGCGCCGCGAAUUUGUCCCGUUCGGACGGGUAUUCCGGCCUAUCCUACCCCUCCCGGUCGAUCAGGGGGCGGAGCAACAGCAUGCCGUUGCCGUGGCCGGCACCACGCCCGUGUACGUGCGGGUGCGGGAACCCGGUUUCGGUCCGUGGAUUUGGCUGCCGGCUGCUAUGACCCGUUUGGGAGGCGGCCGCCACGACCCCGACUAUGCAGCGGCCGUUGUCCAGUGGAGGACACCCGGUACGGAUGUGGUGUACACACAGAUCGUCCCGUUGGAGCGUCUGGAUAAAGCCGCGCCGACCGAGCGCAGCAAGCCGGACGAACCCGGCAUGCUGGCCACGGACAGCGUGCCGCUGGAGGCUGGGCUUCCCGUACUGUCGCCGGCAGCGGCCGCUGUGCUUGUUCCGAUGACCAACGACCAUUUCAGUGGCCGGCGGUGGAUGUGCGUCGGGGAGCUGCGGGACGGCCGGUUCAGCGUGGUGGUGCGUGCCGGAGACUGGACCGGGGACGACGCAAAUGCCCGUUUUCUGGCGGCCGUGCAUGAGCUCAAGUCUUGUCUGACAAGCUGCUGGAGGUAUUUGGCGCAGACCGCCGCGGAUAACGACAGGAUGCCCGAACUCCUAACGGAAAUCCUGACGGAGGUCUUCUCCCAGUUGGACACUGUCGAGCAGAUGGCGCUGCGACCCGUCUCCGCGCUCUGGAACGCCAUCAUCUGCCAGCCGGUAGUGGCGCGCACCCUGGUUAUUACUGGCUGGCGGGAUACCUAUUCCCGGUUUCUCCUCUCGGCGGUCAUCUAUAAUUGUCUGCGCGGCCACACCCGUCACUUUAUCGUCGCCGACGGCGAGGAGGAAGCGUUUAGCAUGGAGGACAUUCUAGCCGUCCUGGGCAUGAUCGGUCACGUGGCGCAGCAGCAGCCCGGCAUCCGUCUGCAGUGCCUGUACAUCGGCGCUGUGAAGCUGCGCCUGAUGUUGGACGACGCACCCGAAAAUUCCCCGGCACGGCGGCCACUCGUGGAUAUUAUGGGAGAUCAGUAUGGGCGUCUGGCGGAUCUGGUGGAGGUCAGCGGCCGCCUGCCGUGUGCCGCGCUGCGCCUGCUGCACUGCACCGUGCGCCUGGGAUGCUGCCUGCACGAUCCACGGACCCGGGACAUGGCCCUGGUGGCGCACUUACCGGCUUACACCGUGGAUGCGGCGCUCCGGCCGCUGGAUGCCGGGUUCGGCGCGGCGUUGUGGCAGGCGGUGGAGGCGCCGCUGCCGGUAUUGCUGCCCGCCGAUCUGCAGACGUUUCCGUUGAAACUGGCCGCUGCCCACUGUUUGCCGGGGUUCGCCUGGAGCCAAAACGAGUGUGAGAGCGUCGUUUGCAAGGUGCUGUGUGCCGUACACUCGGCUGAUCCGCGUCCCGCCUCGCAAUAUUACCGGAAACGAUGGUGUCAGGAAGAUCUAAAGCAUUUGUCACUAGCGCCACUGUCACGCCUGGCCCAGCAUUUUCUUCUCAAUCUGGCAGCGGGAUUUAUUACGUAGCCAUUUAAACAGUUCUGAAAAGUACUCAUCGUCUGCCGCUAUGUAGAAAAAAUUCAACGACGUGUUAGAAGAUUUCCGAGGUUUCUGAUUCCUGUUUUGUUGCUAAACUGCAGAAUUAUUUUGCAUUGAUUUUUCGGCUGUGCCUUUUUUAAUUACAAAGCACUUGAUGCCAAAGAAACCCGUUAAAAUUGUUCCCCACGGCGUGCGGGUGUUCUGCACCAGGACGCGGCACAAAAUCUUUAGCGGAUCACUGUAAUACUCCUGUUUUGUAUUAAUUUCUGAUGUGCUACUUGUUGAGCAUUUUGAUUUUUGAUAAACAUUGGAGCGGGUGUUGUCUAAGCGGUUUACCAUUGUUAUGCCUAUCUGCUCUUAUUAGCAAAUUACGUGUCCAGCAUAACUGUGCACAUGUUCUAAAUUCCGCCCAUUCUCUAAACGUGAUUUUAGUUUCCG